AUGCACCCUCUUGCUAUGGAACUAAAAAUUCUUCAGUUUCAAAUCACAAUUCAGUUCUUAACUCUCCAAAAAAUGAGUUCCAAAAAAUCCAGUAUUGUAAUAUUGCGUUCUUUAAUAAUAUUCUUCAAAAUUCUCGGCUUGGUGCCUUUUAAAGUGUGCAUAUCUUCAAAAACGGGAAUAAUUACAAGUGUUAAUUACAAGCUCAGAGACUGUCUUUACAAUUUAUUAUUGUUGUUGUGCCUUAUUGCGGCAUUUUAUUACCGAAAUUUAAAAAAUCCAGAAGUAAAAUUUGAAAUAAAGUCUAUAAAUGACUUUUCUGAAACAGUUUACAUAAUAAUGGACAACAUUACCGCCACAAUUAUACUUUUGAGCUACGCAAAAAAUCAACGGACUGCUACUGACAUCUUCAGGCGCUUAAUUUCACUAUCUUCCGAUUUGUCCGACUCAAAUUUGGCUCAAAAGAAAUUUCUAGCGAAAGAAACUCCAAUUUGCAGUUUAAAAAGUGGAAAAAUGAUUUUUAUAAUAGCAAUUCAAAUUUUCCUGACGAUUUUUCUCUUUGUUCUUGAGACAAUUCAGAACAAAAAAACUUCGCUGUAUAACAUCACGCGGUCAAUUCCGCUGUUUAUUAUCGCGUGUUUUAUAAUACAGUACGCAAUAAUUGUGAUUCAUCUUGAAGAUCUGUUCUGUAAGAUGAACUCCGCGCUUUUGAGGAUCAAAAAUUUGGCAAAGUGCAGCCAAAUCGAGAUUGAGCCGGAAAGGAGCUUGGAAGGGUUGAAGAAGGUUAAAAGGAUCUAUCGCAGGCUCAGGGAAGUCUGUGAAAUGGUUUCCAAUUUCAAUUCCUGGCCAAUUUUAUUCGUUUUUAUCCAUUUCUGCCCCGCGCUGACCUACAGUUGUUGGAGGCUUUAUAAUAAUUUUAGCGAGGAUAAAUUCAUAGAGGAUUUGACUGAGAAGAAAAUUAAGUGUCUGAUGACGGCGCUUUGGAUCGUCAAAAAUUUGUAUCCUACUUCUGCGCUGAUUGUUUCGAUUAUACUGUUAUUUAUUACUAAAAUAGAUAAAAUAGUUUGUGAAAUUGGUAGAUCUUCUCUAAAUAUUAGAAUCAGAGAUCAGGCAGAACAAUUUGCCAUGGAAUUACUUCACAAAAAUAUAAACUUCAACGCUUUUGGAUUUUUUUCAAUCCAGGGAUCUUGUCUUAUCUCAUUACUACAUACUGCGCUUAGCUAUACAUUUAUAAUAAUAAAUUACAGGGAUGACAAUGAAAAUAAUUCGACAAAAUAA